AUGAGCAUUACCAGAACGCCACCAAAACUAUUUGUAUCGGACCCAGACCUCUCUACUCGUGGAAAUGACUCUUCAAAUUCUCCGCUCAACGUCACAAUGAGAAACUAUAAACGCGCGCGGUUAAUUGAUGAUGUCGGAGGUGUUUCUGCGGAGUCGCCGCUAGAGGACACCACGGGUGACAUAAGGGAACUUAUUAAGUCAUUGAUCGCACAACAAAAUAUAAAAUUUGAAGCUAUGGAGUCUAGUAUACGCGAAAUCAAAGAGCAGUACCUCUCCAUUACUUCUAUGGAAAAUAAUAUAUUAGACAUAAAAGUACAAAACAGUGAUAUUCAAACUGUUAAUAAAGAGAUUAUUAAAAAUGUGGAUUUUAUCUCUAGUCAAAUGAAGGAUAUUGAGAAUAAAAUUUGUAAACUGGAGGGAGAACGCAACAAUUACAAUGCUCAAAUCCAUAUUCUCGAGGAUAAAAUUGAAACAAUGGAACGUAACUCCAGGAAAACCUGCAUCGAAAUAAGGGGUGUCCCGAAAAAAUCUGGCGAGUCAAAACAAGAACUGUAUCAACUAAUUUCAUCUGCGUCAGGUGCAAUUAAGACAGUCCUGUCGGAAUCACAAAUUAAAGACGUCUACAGGCUACCUUCUAGAGAAAACGUUCAGACUAGCACGGUCGUUGCCGAAUUUACGAACACUCUCGUCAAAGAAAACUUUCUAAAAGCCGCAAAAAAAUAUAAUAAUGAAAAUAGGAACAAUGAACUGAACACUAUUCACUUGGGCCUGCCGGGACCUGCAGCUGCGGUCUACAUCUCGGAGAAUCUCACCGCGAAAACUAAACGGCUUCUCUUCCUUGCUCGUGACUUGGCCAAAGUCGAAUCAUACCAAUACUGCUGGGUCUCUAACGGCAGAGUUUUCCUUCGCAAGAAACAAGGUGCCCCGUCGAUUCUCAUCAAAAAUGAAAACAGUUUUCUCAAAUUAAAACAGUCAGACCAACCCACCGCUGGUAAUACUAAGGGCGCGAUAUGA